AUGGCUUAUGGUAACCCCUCGUCUGUAAAUGUCCCUAUUCUCAAUGCUGAACAACAAGAAGUCUCUGGUGGUCCUAUUCUCAAUGUUGAACAACAAGAAGUCCCUGGCGGACGAUUAAGACCAGCAUAUAACGUCUUACCAAAUAAUCAAGCAAAACUUGUCUUUCUCCAAGCAUUUGUGGAACAAAGAAAACUUGAACAUGAAAAAUCA